UUAUAACGGUCUAUCAAGAAAAUGCUGGAAUUGCUGAUUAAAUCACUUUGAAUCAAACAAGACAUAAGGUGAAUGGAGGUCCAAUCGUCUGUGAAUUCUGAAGUGACAAAUGAGGUAAAGAGUGAGUCCCAAUCGACGAUUGGAAUUGAGGAGCUUGAGCGAAAGCAGACCGAGGACAAAACUUGGCCUGACAAAAGUAAAAGUUUGUUUAUCACCUAUAUGCACACACAGGUAUUAUCGAUGUCACGUCUUGAGCUACAUCGACGCUGUGUUGAAACAAUUGAACGUUAUUCGCGAAGUCUCCGAGAAAGAGAACGAAAGAUGGAGCGACUACAGCUACCUCUGCCUUUUUCUCAAAGUGAUAAGACCCAAGCAAUCCCACGGACAAUAACAUCAAGAAAGAAAAUGGCGUGUAUAUCAACUUUAAAUCGGAAGAAAAGAACACGGAAGAUUUUAAUUCCAGUUCAGUCGUUGAAUUCCUCACUUGUGUCGAAGAUUUAAUAUAUAUUAGAGUGGAGAGUUUGGAAGUAUGAGGACAUUUCGAUGUUGUUACUUGUUUAGAAAGAAGUGACUCAAUAUGUUUCGUUUAUCUUAAAGUAGAAAGACAAAAAGCAGCUAAAUUGACCGGAAUAUGGCUACUAAGAUAUUUCAUUUAACUUGUA